AUGGGCUUUGAUUUCAUGGAGGACCGGCCGUUGCACCAGAAGGGCGCUCAAGGUGGCGACGGCGACGGUGGCGACGGUGGCGGUGGUGGCGGCAGCAGCACGGUUGGGGUAGGCGACCCACAUCACAGUGGCAUACGACCUGCACCUGGCCGACCCAGCGCCCACAGCGAACAAAGGGUAGCUUCGCUCUUUGACCUGCUGCAAGAGCUGUCCGUACCGCCCAAGUCCGGAGGUUCCUCCCUCGGCGCCCAAGCCGCUGGCGCACCACGAGGCACAACUGCAUCACCAUUGGCUUCUCCUCUUUCCACGAAGAAAGCGGUUUGCUCGAAGGGCGGCAGCAGCUUAGAUAUCACUGGUGGGAACCAGCAGCAGCCAUCAGCUGCCUCGCAGACGGGAACGACGCCUUCUUCUGAGGAAAAACGAAGACGACGGGAUGGGGCAGGGAGGCCUGUGCUUCGGAGGGAGGGGCAACAAGACCGCAACUGGAUAGGCGCGUCUUCGACCGACGAGGUGCGGCGCGUCACCUUCGCCGUCGACGAGGAAGCGGAGCAGGCUCGCAGUCGGCAGAGCGGCAGGGGAUCCGGUGAUUCCUCCUCGAGGGACUGUGACCAGCGCGCGGCCGGCGGCGGCGGUGCCGCGGCAGCCGCCAUCACGGGCCCGACCAUCCCCUCGUCCCGUUCAGCCAACGCUCGUCCGGGCAACGACGACGGCAACAGCAACAGCGGCGGCGGCGGCGGCGGCGGCGGCGGAAGACUCGCGAAUGCCGCGGCAACCGCCCACGUCUCAGGCGCCACUCCCAACAGCAACGCUCUCGGGCGAAGGGUGGCCCUUCCCGCGGUGGCCGCCGCGCAGGCAGCACUACCAGUAUCACCGGUGAACCGACCAGGGGCGCGUCAACGAGAAGUGGAGUUGUCCACAAGGCGUAGGCGUGUCGAUGAUGCCGGGGGCGGCGGGGGGCGGGAGAACAGUUGUCGUCGCGCCGCCGGCGGGAGCGCGCGAGGGGCGGCCGGCCGGCAGCGCGGCCCUCCCUUGGGCGUGCGAGAGAACAACGCGGCUGUUUCUGGUGCAGGGCCUCUUUGGCGAGAGGCUUUUCCUGCACGAGGAGGAGGAGGAGGUGGAGACGAAGGACCACGAGGGACGACGGGGGAGCGGCGGCAGGGGAAGGGCGGAACCAGGGGGGGGACAUCGGAACAAGUCGACGACAGGGCUCGCAACAGCAGUGAACGGUGGACGACACUGCCGCAGGACGGAGGCGACGAGGUCCAGUGGAUGAGCCAGGGGGGCGAUCCCACCACGGCAGGGGUUGACGGUAGCCGCCGAUGGCCGUCAGCUUCCACCAACCUGGACAGUUUCCGCGGAGGUGGCCGUGGUGGCAAGGGGGCCAACGCCACGCGUACAACGUCGCAAGCAGAGGAGGAGGGGAACGAUGUUGACAGCGGCGGCAGCGGCAGCGGCAGCAGCAGCGGCGGUGGCGGCCAGCGCGGGCAGAUCGCUCGCCGACGAGCCCGAGAGCCUUCGCCGUCCGCCGGCGAGGACGUGUCGCCGGGACGCGCGAGGGGAGCAAAGAGGGCGAAACGAACGGUGGAGGGCAGAGACGACGGUGACCGUGGCGGCGGCACCGACGACGGGCAAGGGCUAUUCGAGGGUUCUGGUGACGAGGGAUGCACGUACUUCGAAUACGAAGAUCCCGCCACAGGAGGAGCACAAGACGACGGGCGGCCCGAAGACAACGGCCCGAAGGGGGGGCCGCAGAAGGAGUUGCUCAGGGUUCGCGGACUCUGCCGCAUGCAGGGCAGUGUGCUAGCACUGGUAGAGUGGAGCGUCGUGGACGUCGACGGGGCCGCCUCUACGGAGCUGAGCUUCGUGCUCUCCUCGACCCUCAAGGCCGAGUGGCCUCGGCAGUACAUCGACUACCUCGAGGCGAAGAUGGUGUUCGAAGAGGAGAAGAACGACGGAGCGUAG